GAGCAGAAGUGCCUCGGGUGGCUCUGUCCUCUCAGGAAGCCACUGAGGGAGCGAGGGCUGUGCCCGGGAGCCGGGCUCGAGUGGUCUGCCAGCCCCGGCCCGGGCAGUGGAACACAGCUGCACACACCUGGACACAGCUGGAGCACAGCUGGAGCACAGCUGCACACACCUGGAGACGGCUGGAGCACAGCUGAACACAGCCGGAGCACAGCUGGAGCACACCUGGACACAGCCGGAGCAGCGAGGGCUCCCCCGGCGGGGCCCGGGCAGCAGCAGCGGUGCCGGACGGGGCUGAGCUGAGCUGAGCUGAGCUGAGCUGAGCUGAGCUGAGCUGAGCUGAGCUGAGCCGAGCGCUCGGAGCCUUUGGCGGCUUCCGCGCGGGGUUUGGCAGCGGCUGGAGGAAGGAGCGGAGCAAGGAAGCGUUGGGGUGUGAUCUGGCCGUGAGUCACCGCACAGACACACGGACACACGGACACACGGACACACAGACCCGGCCCGGCGCUGCUGCCCGCGGCGAGGGGCGCUGCUGCAGGUGCGGGCAGAGCGGCGGGGCAGGGCGCUGCGGCCCCGGCAUGGCACGGACAGUUUUCAGGCUGUUCACCAUGAGCGUGGCUGUGCUCCUGUUGCUGGGGCUGCAGGUGGCUGCAGAGGGCAGGAGGAACAGAUGUUUCUUCAACCGCACCCAGGAGAUCUGUGUGUGCUACAACCUGUCCGAGGAGACGGCUGGCAGCAUCAUCCAGUGCCUGCCAGCUCCUGUGGUGGAGUUCUGGGGUGGGGAUCUGCAGAAAUACGCAGACUUCCCCAUCGGGGACCUGGAUGACUCCAUCAUUGACACUCUGGGCUCCCUUAUCAUCCAGAAAAUCAUUAUUGGAAAUGUCCUGGUACCUGAGGUGCUCCUGGCCCGUGUGCUGAGGUUCUUCUCCUACACCCACGUGCGGGAGCUGGCCUUUGACAGCUGCAUUUUCCAGGGCACGGGCGACUGGAGUGACAUGGAUGGGCAGGACUUGCCCAUCCUGUCCCUGAGCUUCCACAACGUGACCUGUGCCCCUCUGACGGGCCAUGAGCCGGCCUUCUCCAGCCUGGGCAGGUGGCUGGGGACCCUGGAGCAGCUGGCUGUCACCAGCUCCCGUGUCACCAGCCUGCCCUGUGCCAUCGGGAGGCUGCUCAGAGCCCUGCACUCCCUGAGCCUGGCACACAACAGCCUCGGGGACGGGAGCCUGGCCCCUGCCUUCUGCCAGGGAGCUUUCCCUCAGCUCCAGCAGCUCAGUCUGCACCACAACAACCUCAGCUCCUACCAGGGUGUGUGUGAGGGCGUGGGGCUGCUGCCACAGCUCCAGCACCUGGAUCUCAGCUACAACGAGCUUAGGGCAGAACCAUCCUCCUCCUGCCAGUGGCCACCAUCCCUCCUGCACUUCAACCUGUCCAACACUGGCUUGGAUGAAGUGCCAGCCCCGCUGCCUCCCCACCUCCAGGUGCUGGACAUGAGCCACAACCACCUCCACGCUGUAGACAUCUCCCUCAGCUCCAUGAGGAAACUCUUCCUGAACCAAAACCUGCUGCAGGCCGUGCCCUCCAUCAGGAAUUACCCCAUGCUGGACACCCUCCACCUGGACAACAACUCCAUUUCGGAGCUGCCCAGGGCUGAGGUGAAGCUCCUGGGGCGCCUGCAGGACGUGGCUGUGGCUGGGAACCCCUUCAGCUGCUCCUGCUCCGGGGCCGGGGGGCUGCAGGCGCUGGCAGCCAUGGGGCACCUGGGCCAGGGCUGGCCCGGGGACUACAGGUGCCACUCCCCAGAGCAGUACCAGGGCUGGCAGGUGGCACAGGUGCCCGUGUCCGUGCUGCACUGUGACCCUGCCGCCGUGGUGGCCCCGCUCUGCGUGGCCCUGGCCCUGCUGGCUGGGGCUGGGGCCAUGUGUCUGGCCAGGAGCAGGUCCUGCCGCAGAGCCUGACGGGCACCGAGACCCUGCCCGGCAGUGCUGUGCCCAGAGGGGCUCCUGGGCAGGCCCUCAGCUCCUGUUCUGCUCUUGCUGCCCCACAGGGGCUCCUGGGCAGGCCCUCAGCUCCUGUUCUGCUCUUGCUGCCCCACAGGGGCUCCUGGGCAGGCCCUCAGCUCCUGUUCUGCUGAGGGGCUGAGGGGCUCCCUGGUGGAGCAGAGCUGUCCAUGGGGUUUUCCUGCUGUGCCUCUGUCAUAGCAGAGCCCCUGCAUGGGGAAUAAUGAACGUUGACUCCAUGAUUGCAGAAGGCUGAUCAAUCACUUUAUUCUUCUGUAUGAAACUACACUAGUAAGAAAAACCCCAUUGCCCUUGCAGACAGUCUGAUACAGCUUUGGUCUAACUGGUCAAUUAACCCAAACACCAUCACCAGUGGCCAAUUAAGGAUUGGUAAACAACCUCCGUAACACGUUCCACAUGUGCAAAACAACAGGUGCAGCAAGUGGAGAUAAGGAUUGUUUCUUAUCUUUUUUCUGAGCUUUCUCACAGCUUCCUAGGAAAAUCCUGAGAGAGCUGUGUCUGUCUGUGUUCAGGGAGCUGUGUCUGUCUGUGUUCACAGGAUAUGUGAUUAGCACAUGCCUGUGCCCAGCAGGUCCUGGGGCACCCCUCACCUCAGUCCUGUGCCAUCUCCCACUGGGGAUGUCCCUGUGGCCAAGUCCAGCUCCCCAAGCCCAGCACGCCCCCCUGUCCCUGCCAUGUCACCUGGCCUGGAC